AUGAGAGUCUUUGGUGUGCCAUUGCUGUGCGGGACUUUGUUCUCUUAUUUUAGCACUGUGAAGUCAUCCCUCGUCACAUUUCCGUCUGUUGUUAUUCCACUAAGUGGUCUCUUCGAUAACCAAGCUGCUUCGCUAGACGGUAUCACUGGCAACUUCGAUGGGAAUGGCGCCACAUAUGCAGCAGAGUACCUACCUGAGGGCCCUUGGUUGUAUAAUGGAAUCCCGUAUGACCUGCCAUUGACGUGGGGACAAAGCCAAGACAAUGUCAUUGCUGGAGGACAAGUUGUGAAACUCUCGAACGUAACUUAUGUUCAUGAGUUGCAUGUCAUGUAUGUGUGGGAUCGUUCAGAUAUAGGCGGAUUAAGUGGAACAUUCAGCCUGAACUACGCAGAUCAUUCAGUCAAGUACUUGCCAUUUACUGGGCAAGACUGGUUGAAUAUCAAUGGGGGAGCAAUUCGAACACCAUACCAUUUCGAAGAAUAUUCAUCCAAUAAAAAUUGGAAUUCUACCCAAAUCUUCCAAUUAUCGCUAUCUGUACCAUCUCGUGCGCCACUUGAAAGUAUCACGCUCCCAGAAACGUCUUCUACCUCGAACAGACUCCAUAUAUUCGCACUCUCUAUGACACCUUCUUUUGAACCUACCAGUGGUCUUCUGAUUCCCCAGCUCUCUGUUCGUAGUGCCCAAUUCAGCACGAGGUGGGAGGACAUCAACGGACAGCGAGCUCAAGCGGUCGCCAUCACCCUUGCGAAUCUACUCCCAGGGAGUUACGCGACCUCCUCGAACACAUCCAUAAACUCGCGGUACGAGAUCUCAGUAGCAGGCGAGGGGGUCUCCACGGUCACAUCUGGCUUCGUGUAUCGCCUGGUCCCCGCAGACCAGGCUCGCGUGGACGUCUUCGUUCUCAACAACGAUGGGAAGGGAAAUGCGACAAUCACCAUCGAAGAUGAAUUUGGAAAUGUCAUUGGGACUUCCGUGGGCUGGCCCAUCGUCCUGCUGCGGACCGAAUGGACGGCGGAAGCUAAUGUGCUGGUCACACAUGAGACGCCCACUUGGUGGAGCCAGGCGAAGUAUGGAAUAUUCAUUCAUUGGGGUAUCUACAGCGUCCCCGCUUGGGGCCCGCCUAGUUCAUAUGCGGAGUGGUAUGACUGGAAUCUCCGUAAUCCUCCGAACUCCAACUCCCCGACGUGGGUACAUCACCUAGACACUUAUGGGAAGGAUGUCGUGUAUGAUGACUUCAUUGCUAACUUCACAGCGUCUACUUGGAAUCCCAGAGCUUGGUUAGAUCUGUUCUCCGAGGCUGGCGCGAAGUACUUUGUCAUCGUUACUAAACAUCACGACGGUUAUGCACUAUUUGAUACAAAAAAUACCACACACAGAAGUAGUGUAUACCUUAACCCACAUCGUGACUUUGUCAAAGAGCUCAUGGACACUGCCAAAUCUGAUUAUCCCGAUAUUCAUCGAGGCACAUACUACUCACUUCCCGAAUGGUUCAAUCCAUACUUCUCCAAGUAUGGGUUUAGUUCAUGGCCAGGAGGCUUGGCGCACAACGCAUUCAAUGCGUCUGAGCUAGAGCCUUAUACUGGAAUAUUGAAUAUAAGCGACUACAUCGAGGAUUUGCAAUACCCCCAGAUGCUGUCUUUGGCGCUGGACUAUGACACAGAAAUCAUGUGGUGCGACGGUGGAGGCCUUAAUAAGACGUUAGAUUUUGCUGCACAAUUUUAUAACAAGGCGAUGCAGAAUGGUUAUCAGGUCACCAUGAAUGAUCGUUGUGGUGCGGUCCCGGACUUUGACACACCAGAGUAUGCGACGUUGGGUUCCUUGUCCACUCGCCACUGGGAGACGAACGAAGGGAUGGACCCGUAUAGCUACGGUUUGAAUUCUGCCACCAAUGCGAGCGAGUACAAGAAUGGAACGACCAUCAUCCAAACACUGGUCGAUGUCGUGAGCAAGAAUGGAAACUAUUUGCUCGAUGUUGGUCCUAAUGCGGAAGGUGACAUCAUUGCACCAAUGGCAGAUAACCUCCUCGCUGCCGGAAAAUGGCUGAAGUACGCAGGCGACUGCGUCUAUACAACUGAUUAUUGGUAUCAAGCGUCUCAAGAUCCGACGGAAUCAUUUAGGUUCCUCACCACACCAAAAACAUUUUGCAUCAUCGCAUUCAACAAGCCGAGGAAUGGGAAAGUCACGGUGGAUGCGGGUGGCGUGGCGUUUCCGAUUCAGAAAGGAGAUAGUGUUGUGCUGCUGGGGCCGUCAAGGAAUCCGCAGAGUCUUGAGUGGAACAUUGAUGGAUCGGGUAUCUUGACCAUUGUGGUGCCUCAGGAUGAAGUCGAUCAGGUAGAUUAUGCCUGGGCGUUUCAGGUGACAUAUUCUGGGUGAACGUAGUGAUAACGGUCAAAGCGUCCACCGGUGACGUUAGUCACAUCAGUAUAUCACGUGUUUGACAAUUUAGCGCUCCGAGUCCGGAUGUGAACAAUUUU